AGAAAGAAAGAGAGAUAAAUAAGUGAAAAGGUCCCAACUUGUGUCUCUCUUUCUCCAACUACCCUUUCGUGCUUAGCUGUCCACUCUCUCUCUCUCUUCUUUGCCGAUGAAAUCUUCAUCUUUCGUAUCUAUCUUCCUUCUCAUGCCCUAAUCUCUCAUCUUCUUUCUUCCAUUGAUUCUGUUUUUAAAAAUCUCACCUUUUCAAUUCAGAGUCCUCCAGUUUUUCUUGUGUGAUAUGCCUACUUGGUGGGGAAGAAAGUCCUGUAAGAACAAGGACGAUAAUCACAGCAAUAGCAGAGGAAUCUCCACAGAUAGAGAUAUCAAGAGCUGUGGUGUUGGUGUUGAUCCUCCUCUCACUCCCACUCGUGGUGGUACACCUCGUUGCAGUCGUGAAUUCGCCGGAGCUUCUUCUGGCUUCUCUGGUUUCGACUCUGAUUCUACAGAGAAGAAAGGUCAUCCUCUCCCUCGUCCUUUGCUCUCUCCUGUUUCGAUCCAUCAAGAUCAUGUAAGCGGAUCCACCUCCGGAUCUACCUCUGUUUCUAGCGUUAGCUCAUCCGGAUCAGCUGAAGAUCAGAGUCAACUUGUUGUCUCUAGAGGUCAUUCUGAUGUGAAAUUCAACGAGAGAGCUUCCCCAAAGGCAGUAUCUAAUAGGCCCACGUCUCCACUGCAUCAGCGAUUAUCUGGAGUUGUGAGUCUAGAGUCUUCAACAGGGAGGAAUGAUGAUGGAAGGUCCUCCUCUGAGUGCCACCCUUUGCCUCGACCCCCUACUUCUCCUACAAGCCCUUCUGCUGUGCAUGGUUCCAGGAUUGGAGGAGGCUACGAGACCUCUCCUUCAGGGUUUUCCAAGUGGAAAAAAGGCAAAUUUUUGGGAAGGGGCACCUUUGGCCAAGUCUAUCAAGGGUUCAACAGUGAGAAAGGAAAGAUGUGUGCUAUUAAAGAGGUCAAUGUCAUUACUGACGACCAAACGUCAAAAGAAUGUCUGAAGCAACUAAAUCAGGAGAUAAAUUUGCUUAGCCAGCUUUGUCAUCCGAAUAUUGUCCAGUAUUACGGAAGUGAACUGAGUGAAGAAACCUUGUCCGUCUACUUGGAGUACGUGUCAGGUGGUUCAAUCCAUAAACUGCUUAAGGAGUAUGGUUCUUUCACUGAACCUGUUAUUCAAAACUACACGCGGCAGAUUCUCGCUGGACUUGCCUAUUUACAUGGACGAAAUACAGUACAUAGGGACAUCAAAGGAGCAAAUAUAUUAGUGGAUCCGAAUGGUGAAAUAAAGUUGGCAGACUUUGGGAUGGCCAAACAUGUAACAGCCUUUUCUACUAUGCUUUCUUUCAAAGGGAGUCCUUACUGGAUGGCACCCGAGGUUGUGAUGAGCCAAAAUGGCUACACUCGUGCAGUCGAUGUCUGGAGUUUGGGUUGUACUAUUCUCGAAAUGGCAACAUCAAAGCCACCUUGGAGUCAGUUUGAAGGGGUUGCUGCGAUUUUCAAAAUCGGAAACAGCAAAGACACCCCAGAGAUACCUGAUCAUCUUUCAAAUGAUGCAAAGAAUUUUAUUAGGCUUUGCCUGCAACGAAAUCCUACAGCACGUCCUACAGCUUCUCAGCUUCUAGAGCACCCUUUUCUACGUGUACACACAACACGAGUGGCUAAUAAUAGUAUGCCCAAAGAUGCCUCCCCACGCCCCUUUGAUGGAAGCUACUCACUGCAGCCUACAAGGGAAUCCUAUCCAGGGAGACUGAGCCAUGAUAAUUACCAAAGACAGCCAGUGUCUAGAACUAUAAAGAGCCCAAGAGAAAACGUAAGAGCUAUCACAUCCUUGCCAGUAUCUCCAUGUUCAAGCCCUUUACGUCAACUUGGGCCGGCAUACAAAAGUUGUUUCCUGUCACCUCCUCAUCCAUCGUAUUUAUUUCCUGGGCAAGACAGUGGGUACAACCUAGCGGAGUUUGCUGCUAGCCCUUUCAGGGUGAAGAAAGACACAAUGAUAGAACCAUCUAGUUUCAGGGCUCAAACACCGAAUUCACCCUUGAGAUCAAGACUGGUGUAGAAAUGGAGCAAAAAUUCGAGAGCAUGGGAGCCAAAUACCAUAAACAAGUCCCCAAGGACCAUGUAUAAACACAGUGUCUCCUCCUAAUUUUGGCCUUCUCCUUCUGUAGACCCUGGGAAAUGUGAAGUUAUGAUACCAUAGUUGUGUGUUGGGGCAUCUACUAGAAGUGGGGAUUUUUGGAACAAGAAGGAGAAAUUAGGGGGGAAAGAGAGAUGUAAAGAGAAACACGAAAUGAAUACAAAGAUUAUAGAGUGAGAAGUAAAGAUAGUAAGUUGUGUUGUUUAUACAAAGAUGAUAAAUUCAACCAUUUGUUUUCAAACCUACAGUGUGAAUAUACUUUUUCAGAAAGCAAACAAGUCAUGAGUUUGAAUU